GAUGAAGAUAGUGUGUAGCUUGCUUCUGGGCUCAAGGAGGAGAGAGGAAUCCACAAGCCGACAAGAUGAGAUCCAAGGCGAGGGCGAGAAAACUGGCGAAAAGUGACAAUGAGCUUGUAAAUAAUAUGUAUGAGCCCGACCCGGAUCUGCUUGCUGGUGAAAGUGCAGAAGAAGAAACUGAGGACAGUAUAAUGUCGCCCAUUCCUGUAGGACCUCCGUCCCCAUUUCCAACUAGUGAAGACUUCACCCCAAAAGAGGGCUCACCUUAUGAAGCCCCUGUCUACAUUCCUGAUGACAUUCCAAUCCCUCCAGAUUUUGAACUCAGAGAAUCUUCAAUUCCAGGGGCAGGACUUGGUAUCUGGGCCAAAAAGAAGAUUGAAGCAGGGGAAAGACUUGGACCUUACAUCAUGAUGCAAAAGACCACAUUAAAAGAGAACAAUCUAGGAUGGGAACAGAUCCUUCCUGAAUCAGAUGUGACAUCACAAGAUGGCUGCCUUAGUAAGGUUUCUGAUGAACUAGAAAAUGACAAAAUGUGCUUAGAGAACAACCAGAAUGGAUCGUGGAACUGGCUUAAAUUCAUUCGAAUCGCCUGCUCCUGUGAUGAACAAAAUUUAGAAGUGUGCUAUCUAAAUGACCAGCUUUCCUAUAAAGUUAUUAAAGACAUCGAGCCAGGAGAAGAGUUGUUGGUUUAUAUGAAGGAGGGGAAUUAUUCCCCAGGAAACAUGCCCCCCAAUAUUGAUGAAGAGCACACAUUCCGCUGUGAGGAGUGUGACGAACUCUUUCAGUCCAAGUUGGACUUGAGGCGGCACCAGAAAUACGCCUGCACCACAGUCAACCACAUCUACGAGUCGCUGAAUGACGAAAUCAAGCAGGAGGGAUUCGAUAAUGAACAAAUGCACGAGUGCAAAGACUGUGAACGCCCUUUCCCCAACAAAUACAGUUUGGAGCAGCAUAUGAUAAUCCACACUGAGGAACGGGAGUACAAAUGUGAUCAGUGCCCUAAGGCCUUUAACUGGAAAUCAAACUUGAUCCGCCAUCAGAUGUCACAUGACAGCGGCAAGCGUUUCGAGUGUGAAAACUGUGUAAAGAGCGAGUCGUGGGUACCAAGUGACCUCCAUCCCAGAUUACCCAUUAAUUUGAACUGCAACAACAACACUGAAGCGGAAGAGCACACACCUAAAGUAGACGUGUUCACUGACCCAAGCAACCUCCAGAGACAUAUCCGUUCACAGCAUGUCGGAGCUCGUGCACAUGCUUGCCCUGACUGUGGCAAAACCUUUGCCACUUCAUCAGGCCUCAAACAGCACAAGCACAUACAUAGUACUAUCAAACCUUUCAUAUGUGAGGUCUGCCAUAAAUCAUAUACACAGUUCUCCAACCUGUGCCGGCAUAAACGAAUGCACGCGGACUGUCGUACACAGAUUAAAUGCAAGGACUGUGGACAAAUGUUCAGCACUACCUCCUCUCUUAACAAACACCGGCGCUUCUGUGAAGGCAAAAACCAUUACAACCAUGGUGGGAUUUUUGCUCCUGGUCUACCCUUAACACCAAGUUCUUUGAUGGACAAAUCCAAACCUUCACCAAAUCUUAAUCACUCUAGUUUUGCUUUUAAUGAAUACUUCCCUUCUAGGGCUCAUCCAGGAAGCCUUGCUUUCUCCCCUGGUCCACCGCCAUUUCCAACUCUACCACCUGGAUUUCCUGGAAUUUUCCCUCCAGCUUUGUACCCCCGGCCUCCAUUAUUACCUCCUUCACCUCUGCUUAAAAGCCCUUUGAACCAUACACGAGAAGCAAAGCUUCCUAGCCCCAUAGGAAAUCCCUCUAUACCCUUAAUGUCCUCUUUAAAUAGCAGCAACAACAAUCAGCAAAUUUCUAUCGAGGACAAAUUUGAAAACAGCAUGGAGAACUACUUGGGGAAACAUAAAUCCAGGAGCAGUGACCUGUCUGACGGUAGUGAUUUUGAAGACGUCAACACAACUUCAGGAACUGAUCUAGAUACAACCACUGGCACUGGGUCGGACUUGGACAGUGAUGUAGACAGUGAAAGAGGAAAGAACAAAGAAAAAAGCAAACCAAUGGAAAACAAGCAAGAUGUUGUCAGUAGUUCUGUAUCUAGAAAUUCAAAUAAUAACUUAGGUGAAAGGCCGUUUUUCUACUCACAACAUUCCUUCUUUCCUCCCCCAGAAGAGCAACUGCUUCCAUCAAUUGGAGCAGCUAAUGACUCUAUUAAAGCUAUUGCAUCCAUAGCAGAGAAAUAUUUUGGACCUGGAUUUAUGGGAAUGCAAGAGAAAAAAAUGGGUGCUCUCCCUUAUCAUUCCAUGUUCCCAUUUCAAUUUCUUCCUAACUUCCCACAUUCUUUGUACCCAGCUUUUACAGACAGGACAAUGAACCAUAACUUAUUGGUAAAAGCUGAACCUAAGUCACCCAGGGACCUUCAGAAAGUUGGCAGCACUAGUUCAGAAUCGCCAUUUGAUCUCACCACCAAGCCAAAAGAGAUUAAAUCAGCCUUAAUACCACCUAGGGUUUUGGCACCACAGUCCUCAGGGGAGGAACAGCCACUGGACCUCAGCAUUAGUAACAGAAGUCGAGCCAGUCAGAAUGGGUUAAGGGAAAUUCGGAGAAACCAUAUUUAUGGUGAAAGGAAACUGAUGAUGAAUGAUAUGCUAUCGAAGGUUCCUCAGUCACAACUUCCACAGCAGCCACCUCUCCACUACGCAAAGCCUUCACCGUUUUUUAUGGAUCCGAUAUACAGCAGGGUGGAAAAGCGGAAGGUUACAGACCCUGUGGGGGCUAUGAAGGAAAAAUAUUUACGACCAUCGCCACUGCUUUUUCAUCCACAGAUGUCGGCCAUUGAAAAUAUGACUGAAAAGCUGGAAAAUUUUGCCAACUUGAAAGCAGACACAGGAAGUUCCUUACAGCCGCUCCCACAUCAUCCGUUUAAUUUCCGUUCCUCGCCCACAACUCUCUCAGAUUCAAUAUUAAGGAAAGGCAAGGAACGGUACACCUGCAGGUACUGUGGCAAAAUCUUUCCUCGAUCAGCCAAUCUAACAAGACAUCUCAGGACCCACACAGGAGAGCAACCAUACAGGUGUAAAUAUUGUGACCGGUCAUUUAGUAUCUCCUCCAACCUUCAGCGGCACGUUCGGAAUAUUCACAACAAGGAAAAACCAUUUAAAUGCCACUUAUGUAAUAGAUGCUUCGGGCAGCAAACAAACCUGGACAGACACCUCAAGAAACAUGAACAUGAAAAUGUUCCAGUGAGUCAGCACUCCGGAGUCAUUACAAACCACCAUGGGACCAGCGUCUCCUCCCCCAACUCUGAAUCCGAAAACCAUGCACUUUUAGACGAGAAAGAAGAUUCCUAUUUCUCGGAAAUCCGAAACUUUAUUGCAAAUAGCGAGCUGACCCAAACGGCGAGUCUGGCAGAAAAAAGGACAGAAAUCCAGGAUGUAGACAGUUCUAAAUGCCUCAGCUUGGUUAACCAGAAAACAGACGAUGUAGACGAGGAAGAAGAUGAUGACUUAGAGGAAGACUAUGAAGAUGGAAGCUUGACAGGGAAGUCACAAGAUGAAACUGUCUCGCCUUCCAUGGAAAACCAAGAAACAUAUGAAGAGGAUGAGGAAGAUGAAGAACCCACAUCCCUCACAAUGAGCUUUGAUCACACCCGAAGGUGUAUUGAGGAGGAAGAUGCCGGCCUGUUAGAUAUGGAACAGAUUCCGAAUUUUGGGAAGGGGCUGGACCUUCGAAAAACAGCAGAGGAAGCAUUUGAAGUUAAAGAUGUGUUUAAUUCCACCUUAGACUCUGAAACAUUAAAAGAAACUCUGUACAGGCAGGCUAAAAACCAGGCUUACGCAAUGAUGUUGUCCCUUUCUGAAAAUACUUCUCUUCAUACUUCUUCCCACAAUUCCCUGGACGCUUGGUUGAACAUGGCUGGAGCCACACCAGAAUCAGGGACUUUCAAUUCAAUCAACCAUUUGUGAACACAGAAGUUACAUUUUUAACCAAGUUUGAAAACAUGCCACCAUUUCAUCCCCAUCCAACACGAGAGAAAGCAGAAUGAAAAGUGAAGAGUUCAAGUGGUCCUCUUGGUCUUUACGGGGCAAAUAUAAGGUGUCCCCUGUAUCAUUUCAGUUGUCGAAUUCUCCAUGUAUUAUUGGCCCUUUAAAGCUACCACAUUGUCAAAACUGUCACAUUCUUAUACACAAAAGAAAAUGUUGUGUAAACCACAGGUUCCUAUUAAUGCCUUUUCUCAAAGAUGGAUGCAAAGCACUGAAAGCCUCUAUAAAAGUAUGGUGUGGAGUUAAUAAAUAACACAAUCCUGCGAACGCCUGUAGAAGUAAGUUAAACCACUAGAAUCAUUUUAGGAGAAAUUACAAUUUUCAAUCUUUAAAACGUUAAAUUCCAUGCAAAGAUGAAAAAAACGUUUAUGGUGCUGUUUAAAAUUAUUUAUAUAAAAUAGAUUACAAUAUUGUCAAGUUAUAUACCAAGUCUUUUGUUCCAUCAAAAGCAUAAAUAAGACCUGCACUGGCCUGAAGUUCACCUGUAUGCCUGGCAAGUCACUGUAGUAGCGGGAUGCUAAAUGUACAAUAUCAAUUAUACAGAAAUGUGAUAUUUCCAAAUAAAUUAUGAAACAAAAAUUCAGACAAAUUUCAGUUAAACAAUAUUGGGCGAAAUCAGCGGAUCGUGGGUGCCCUUAUUAUCAUGGGAUGAUUUUGAAUUAUUUAAUUCUCACAGGCAUUUAAACUAGUUACAAAGCGUAUCAGACUGUAAUUCUAGAAGCAACAAUUUCAAUAUUUUUAUACUUCAAAGUCCAUGAACUUUUUUUUUUCAUUUCAUGAGCGAGCACAGUAAUAAUCAACAUAAAAACAUGGACAAAGUAUAUGUUUUUCAAUAGUAGUGUGUCUGAAUUCAAUAUCACUAAUUAGUGGCCCAUUUCGCUUUGCCAAAAAUUUGCAAAACAUCGAGAAUUCACCGAAAUGCAUUGAAGUCUAUGGAUGACAAUUUUUUUUUACCUGUGACAAAUUGCACGACAAUUUUUUGACGAGUGACAUAUUUUUUCACCCAUGAGUCUAUGGGAGUCCUUUUAGCAGUGUGACUUGGUGAAAAAUUUCGCUCAUCACUAACAGGAUAUUUGGCAUUUAUUUGAUAUGCUGGUCUUUAUGAUUUGAUUUAUUUGAUAUACUGGUCUGCCAACUAAAGUAGUGAUUCUACCCAGAAAUGUAGCUCGGAUUAAAGUAAUGGAUUUGCCAUUUCCAUAUGAUGCUUUAUUAUUAAAGCUAGGGAACCAUCAAUGGUUCUAAACAGACAUAUGAGGAGAGCAUUGCCAAAAACUGACUAAAAUUGUUAUUACAAAAAUCUAAUUUUUAUGCCUGCAAUGAUUAGAGGAUCCCACAGCAGAGGCUAGGUAUUUUAAUUAUGAGAACAAAUAUGUUUUAGGCAUACAACCUUUAAUAGAAUAAAUGAAGUCAAAAAUGGGUCAUAAUAAUUUUAAUAAUAUCAUUUUGACCUAUUUGAGAGAAAAUGAUUUUUUCAAUAUUGCUUCUUUUUCCAGGUCAGUUAGACCUGCAAUAAAUAGAAAAAUAAUAGAAAAGCAAAUCUCAAUACAAAUGAAAGUGUUUGGAAAUUGGCAUUUUUAAUUUCAAAACCAAAUUCUUCAGAUUAUCUUUUUUUUCAAAAGGCCUAACCUUGUCUACCUUUAAUAUACUAGGAUCAGGAAAUAACCAGCUGACCCUGAUGAUUUUCCAGCUACAAUUCUCAGAGGACAUUGCUCAAGGUUGCAAAUAGCUUUCAGGUCGGAAAAUAAAAUAACACAAUAAUAGGGUUUACCAUUCUCCUGCUAAAUUCUGCUUUGGAGGCCAAUCAUUUUUCUUCCAACUAAUAUAGAAGAUGGAGAUAAGCUUCAUUUGUAUAUAUUUUAUCAUUUUCCUUCUCUGGUGUGUUUACUUAUUUUAUGUUUCAGUAACAGUAUUUUUGCAUUACAUAUCACUAUAGUGAAUUAUUAGAAAAUAGUGAAGGACCAAAACAGAUUAAUACAUUUGUGAUGUGUAUUAUAUUCAAGGUGUUGGAAAUCUCCAUGUGCCAAAUAAUUCAACAACAAAAAAAAUAUUAAUUUCACUACAAGAUCUCAGCUCUGAAAAAUAUGUUAGUUCUUUUUUAAGGUUUUUUUUGAAGCUGUGAUCAAAUUUGGUUUUAAUGACUCCUUUAACGUUUUUGCUGCAAAAUUCCAGACAAUCAUGUGUUUGUUAAAAAUUAUUUUCAUUUUUUUUUCUAAUUAUGUUUCUCCUAAAUAUUGUAUUUAUUUGUCAGACGUGUUUAAAAAAAAGACGACUUAUGUCAAAAAAAGAAAAUGUUUUAAUGUGCUUUGCUUAACAAAAUAGCAACAUAGUAAUUUAAGGCUACCCGUUUCACAUUACCCAGCAGUCAGUGCCAUAUGUCAAAAAUAUGUCACUUUUUUUCAUUGUUAUUCAUUGUUGGUGAGUUCAAAAUCAAUUGACAUCACUCUAUAAUGUACUGUAUUAAAGCACUAGACACCUGGCUCAAACAAAAAAAAAAUAUUAAUCAAAUGUAAAUAUAUGGGGGACUGAAAAAUGUUAAAUGAUUAGGUAUGCUGGUCUGCCUUUGUAUGUAGCUUCAAAAACCUUAUCAUAAGACAAGGAAGUUUCCCAACAUUCUAGACCACAAUUACUUUUACAUAAUGGCAUUUCAAUACACUGGAUCCUGGCCCAUAUUUGUAGCUGUUUUAAGUAUUAUUUGGACUUUUACAGAGAGCCUCUGUGUCUGCAUGCCAAAUAUAUUCUGUGCUAAUAUAUAUAUAUAUAUAUAUAUAUAUAUAUAUAUAUAUAUAUAUAUAUAUAUAUAUAUAUAUAUAUAUAUAUAUAUAUAUAUAUAUAUAUAUAAGAAGUCUGGAAGCCGGCUCAACUCGUAUAUCAGUCACAGUUGCCUGGGUGCAAUAAGCCUAAAGUUUAUUUAGGAAAAUGAAGAGGCUUGCAUUCUCAGGUCUUAACAAAUCGUAUAAAGGUGUUUAUUAGAAAACAAAAACGUUUCGGCUAACACUCAAG